AUGGAAGAAUUAGACAUAGUAAUAUUGGGAGGAGGCAUUGCUGGUCUUGCAACUUCCCUUGCUCUUCACAGGAAGGGUAUAAAGAGCAUUGUGUUGGAGAGAUCAGAGACGGUAAGAUCUGAAGGUGCAGCAUUUGGUAUACAGACUAAUGGUUGGCUUGCACUUCAACAGCUCGGCCUCGCGGAUAAGCUUCGUCCUAAUUCUCUCCCAAUUCAUCAGUACUCAUUACUAAUUAUUCAUUGUAACGGUAACAAAACUAGGAUAAGAGAUGUUUUGAUCGAGGAAGGGAUUAAACGAAGAGAAUCAGUCGGACCGGCGUCCUAUGGAGAGGUAAGAGGUGUAAUAAGGAAUGAUUUGGUUCGAGCUUUGGCUCAUGAACUUCCUCUUGGAACUCUCCGGCUUGGUUGCCAAAUUGUGUCGGUUAAGCUGGACGAAACGCUGUCGUUUCCGAUUGUUCACGUUAAAAACGGACAAGAUAUCAAAUCAAAGGUUUUGAUUGGAUGCGACGGGUCGAAUUCUGUGGUAUCUGAAUUUCUAGGACUAAAGCCAACUAAAAGCCUAAGUUCUCGGGCGGUCAGAGGGUUCACAAACUAUCCGGACGGCCAUGGAUUCCGGCAAGAGUUUAUAAGAAUCAAGAUGGACAACGUCGUAAGCGGACGACUUCCUAUAACUCCCAAACUCGUCUUCUGGUUUGUUGUUUUGCUUAAGUGUCCACAAGACUCAAACUUUUUGAGAAAUCAAGAGGAUAUCGCAAGAUUCACACUAUCAUCAGUCAACGACUUCUCACAAGAGUGGAAAGAGAUGGUGAAGAACUGCGAUAUCAACUCCUUAUAUAUCAACCGUUUAAGGUACCGAGCUCCAUGGGAUGUUAUGUCCGGUAAAUUUCGACGUGGCACUGUGACAGUGGCCGGAGACAGUAUGCACUUGAUGGGUCCAUUCUUAGGACAAGGAUGUUCGGCUGCGCUGGAGGACGGUGUCGUUUUGGCUAGAUGCUUGUGGAGAAAGUUAGGGCAAGACGGUAUGAACAAUGUCUUUUCAAGGAAGAGAAUAGAAGAAGCGAUUGAUGAUUACGUUAGAGAAAGAAGAGGGAGACUCGUGAGGCUCUCAACACAGACGUAUCUUACGAGUAGGUUAAUCGAAGCUUCGUCGCCGGUGACGAAGCUCUUGGUUGUAGUUUUGUUGAUGAUUAUGUUUCGUGACCAAAUUGGUCACACUCGAUAUGAUUGUGGCCGUCUUUAA